UGUAAGCAUUGAAGAAAGUGUGGCUAUAUUUUUGCGUAUAUGCGGGCACAAUGAAGUUCAAAGAGAUGUUGGGUUGAGAUUUGGCCGAAAUCAAGAGACUGUGAAAAGAAAAUUUAAAGAAGUUCUUAAAGCGACGGAAUUACUUGCAUGCGAUUAUAUCAGAACUCCAACAAGAAAAGAACUAUACCGAAUUCCUGAAAGACUUCAAGUACAUCCAAAAUAUUAUCCAUUUUUAGUGGAUUUGUUGGAGCUAUGGAUGAGACUCAUGUUUGCGUAAAAGUACCACCAGAAUUACAAGGAAUGUACUGGAAUCGACACGAUAAUGCAUCGUUGAAUAUUAUGGCAAUUUGUGAUCUGAAUAUGCUAUUCACAUAUAUAUGGAAUGGGGCACCGGGAUCUUGUCAUGAUACAGCCGUUCUCACAAUGGCACAAGAAAGCGAUCCUGAAUUUCCUUUGCCUCCAAUGGAAAAGUAUUAUGUCGUUGACUCGGGUUAUCCAAAUAGGCAAGGAUUUUUGGCUCCAUAUAAGUCAUCACGAAACAACGUUGUCAGAUAUCAUAUGUCACAGUUCAACUAUGGUCCUGCUCCACGGAAUAAAGAAGAAUUAUUUAAUCGAUAUCAUGCGUCUCUACGUUCAGUUAUCGAGAGAACUUUUGGAGUUUGGAAGAAAAAAUGGAGGAUUCUUUGUGGUUUUCCAAGAUAUAGUAUAAACAUACAGCAGAGAGUGGUCAUGACUACAAUGGGAUUGCAUAAUUUUAUAAAAAUUUCAAACUUUUCAGAUGCAGAUUUUGCUGAAGUUAUGGAGAAACAGGAGGAUUCAAUACACAAGCAGAGACUGAUUUUCAUACCGAUUUAGAUGAUGUGGAAACAAUUGAAGUGACAGAUGGAGGACAUAUGUCGCAAAUAAGAGAUAAUAUUGCAAAUAUGCUAUGGGAAAAUCAAUAAAAUAAACUUAUUUUCUUAUUGUAAUUUAUUUCUACUUUAUAAAAAAUGUAAAUUACUUUAUUGUCAAAUAGAAUUUUAUUUUAUAUAUUCAGUACUAUUUAGUUUAUAAACACUAUUCAAGCAUUUUGAUAUAAACUUUUACGUUUUCUAUUUUAAAUAACAAAUUUAAUUAAUUUUAUUAAGUUUCUCUUAUACAAACCGCAGUUAAACACCAUUCAAACAUUUGUCCCGCACUUUUUAUUAUUUUGGUCACCAUUCACAUAUUUCUUAAACAGCUUUUAUUAGAUGAACCGCACUUGUCCCGCAGUAUGCGUUUUUCUAACACAAACCGCUCUUAAACCGCACCGCACUAAUCAAUCCGCUUGUUCCGCACCACCCAACCCGUUGUUACCAUUAGGAGCCUAAAUAGUAUACAUGUUAACUUCAGUUUACGUAUAUUAUAUGGACAAAAUAGCAGUGGUUACAUAUGUGAUUUCAUUUAUUUUUUAAUAAUUAAUUUUGAAUAUAAUUUUAUUUACAACAGUGACUAACCACACCUUAUUUCUUUCUUUUCAGAUUCAAGUGUGAUUUACCAUAAAACUUGUCCCGCACCUUCAACUUUUACAAUUAAUGAAUAUUUUAUUUAUCAAAAACAAUGGCAAUAAAAUUGGUUGAAUGUUGCCCCAUUUUUCUUCCCGCCAUGCGUUACACUUGUCCCGCGUUUAACACUCAUAGCCUAUUAUUGCUCUAAUGAGCGCUAAGUUAUCGGAGUAAACUUUGAGUGAUCUGACAUGCAAAAAGACGAUCACAUCGGAAGAGUUUCUACAAUCAAGGGUGAGUUGAUGAAGUUUUAGACCUCAAAUCCAUGUGUUAGGGUUGAGAUGGACGACUCUAGCGGGCUUAGUUGUAUUAAAUCCAACUUUAGGUUAAAUUUGGGCCCGAGGCCUUUUUGCUUUUAUUAUAAAGUUGGUACACAACAAAAAAAGAGUUGAGAUGGACGGUUCUGAAAAGGUUGAAGCCAAUUUUCGUUAAAAGUAUUUUUUUUUCAUAUUAAAAUUAGUUACCAAAUAUAAAAAUGUUUAGAAAUAAAUAAAUAAAAACUAAAAGAUUUCCUAUAUAUUCACGCAAGAUUGAAUUGCAAUAAAAUAUUUUUAUUUUUAUUUUAACUAUAAAUAUAUUUUAUUAUACAAAAUCUAUAAUUUUAUUUAAAUUUAAAAAUAUAAUUAUUUGUUAUUAAAUGAAUUUUUAUUAUAUAAUAAUGAAUUUCUAUUCAUAAAUUUAAGAUCUUGAGGUUAAAAUUUUCCUGAAAUCAAACAAAAUUUAAUUUCCACUUACAUUAUUUCUUAUUUUAUAUAUUAAUCUCAAUUCUUAAAGAUCCAAAAUUUUCAUUUCUUUAAAUAUUAAAAAUAAAUUAUGUACAUAUUUAAAUCUGUCUUUUUAAAAAUGAAACAGAAACAUCUUUUAGAACUAGUCAUACAUCUAAUCUACUAAUCUAGAGUUUUAUUUUUGGAUUUAACUUAUUAGCCAUGUGUUCUAUCUAUUUUUUUGGACCUAUUCAAACUUUAAUUAAUAGUUGAUAUACAGUGUUUUUGACAUCUUGUAUAUAUACUUUUUUAAUUGGUUUCAAUUAUUUAUCGAGUCUUCGUAGUGAUUUUUGAGUCAUUAUAGUCUGGAGUUGCAUAUAAGGGAAGUAAAAUCAUCUGGAGCAAAAGAGUAAAAAAAACCCGAAUUGAAGAUUUUCACGAGCGGAACAACCUUGCAGGUUGUUCUCAAGCGUGCGGAGCAACCGAGUGUCUCUUCCCACAGCAGAGAUUUUUAUGGAAACUUAUAAUAUUUUGGAAUUUGCCGUAAUCAUCCCAAUUUUCUUUCUAAGCCGCCAGGAACCUUUAGAUAUAUUAUCUUCAUCUUUUAUAUGAUUUCUCUACGCUAUUUUUGGAGAAGAAACCAGACUCUAGAGCUCCAUUGUUGCGAUUUCAUACCUUAUAAAGGGACAAGGCUAUCUCUCUCGAUUUAGAGAAGAAUCCUUUGAACCGUAUUUCUAUUUCUUUUAUAAUUGUAGUGAUGUAUUAUUCAGUUUUUAUCUCUCUGUUCUCUGUAGCUAUGGCUGAGUAGCCACCUUUCUUAGUCUAGGGUGUUAGCAGGUCACAGAUUCAUGAGUUAAACACAAAUAAGGAUUGAUGUUUUGAUUGUCUCCAUUCAUGAUUACGCUUACUGUCUGCAUUAAACUAAUCAUUUAGUGUUUGAAACUAGGUUUAAUUUGAUCAUCAAAAGUGUUUUAGGUUGCUAGAAAUAUCAUGAAUGGGCGAUUUGUCCCUAACCAUCGAAAAUAGAUAUUAGGGCAAAUUGUGAACUUAUCAAACCUGGUCUUAAUGUUUAUCAUCUUUCUCUUAUUCGAAUGACGGUUUAGAUAUUAGGAAUGCAUGAUAAAAUAAUAGAUGCCAUGAAAGUGGAUCGAUCUUGCUUUGUUAUCCGAGUUUAAGACUUGCUGCGAAUUGUUUUUUGAAUAGAUGUUUGGCUCAUGCUCAUUGAUUUCCAAUUAUUCACCCUAGGCUUAGCUUUUUUAUAGUCUGAAAACCUAAAUCAAAUCUGUUACUUGCUCUUUACAAUUUCUCAACCUUUAAAACUCUCAUAUUGUUUUAGCUUGAUAUUGAUCCAUAAAGAUAAAGUGUAAACUGGUUCUCUGGAAUUGAAUCUCAAAUGCUACAUCUACACUGUUAACUUGCGGUAGAUAAAGACACAAUUUUAGUGUAUCAAUAGUAAAUAUAAUAUAUUCUAUUAAUUUAGAGUCUUAUUUUAUAAUUAACAUUUACUUUAAAAUGCCAAAUGCCAUUAAUAUUAAAUAAUCAAUCUAGUUACUCAUUAAAGAUAUUUUAGUAAUACAAAUUAAUGGUCUUUUUUAACGCCUAGUUAAUUAUGCUAUUAUAACAAUGAAAAAUAUUACAUAGACGAUUCUAAAGAUAACAAUUCUACCAACUUUAUGAGAAUACCCGUCUAAAAAAUAGUAAUACCUAUAAAUUAAUGGUCAAUAUACAUUAAUGUUACAAACAUAAGAAAUAAUAAAACAAAAAAGAAAUAUAAGUUUUUGAAUAUAUUAAAAACUAAUUUUACAAAAUAUUCCAACUAAUUUACAUCCACUCUAAUAUUCGGGUAUUACAAUUUUCAAAUAUAAUAAUUUAUUAACACCUAAAAAUAUG